GCUCUCAAGGCAGUUAGAGGAGGACACUGGAAGCAGCACAUACUCUGAUCUCAAGAAACCUGGAAGCAGAACAUACUAUACCUUGCUGUAGGAGGCUUUAAAGUGUACACUCAAAAGACAACCAUGGCUGAUAGCAAAGAGCUUGUUCCCUGUGACACUACAAUUACUCCAGAGUUUAUCAAGGAGCUUCUCCCAUCUGCUGAACGUACAGCUCUGCUCUAUCAUCUCUCUUACCUGUGUCUGGGUAAAUUCCCAAAGCUGGAGCGACUCCUCAGACAGCGAGCUGUAGAAACUCAACUUCUCUUUGGAUCUUCUGAGGCUCUUCUGCUCAAGUGUGUGGGUGUGAGCUCCAACCUGGUUACCUCACUGUUUCCCAUGCUGAUGCGGGCUAUUGAAAAGGACAAACCUUUGUUGGCCGUGAAGUACCUGGAAAAAGCACGAUCGUGGAUCAAUGACAUCGUUAGGGCGGUGGGUGAGAUGGUGACAAGGUAUGAUCAACACAACUAUAAUGUGGCUUCAAGCACCAGCGAUGUGAUUACUGAAAAGAUAGAAACAGAAACAAAACUAAAACAAACGUCUGCAGAGAUCGAGGUUUAUGAAAAAAGUAUGGCUGAACUCAUGGAGAAGCUUAAUCAAAACAUCAAGUCUAUAGAGGGAAUAGACAGAAAGAUAGCUGAAAAAAACACUGAGAUGCAGGAGUACACCAAAGAGGCUUCGAAAAAAAGACAAGGUUUUGGUAUCAUGGCCAGUAUUGUGCCAUUUAUUGGACCUGUUAUUAAAUCCAUUCAUGAUGCUGUGAAUGAACCUGGUGUUGCGGCUAAAACCCAAGGGCUCACCAAUGAAUUGGCCCAACUGAUGUCUGAAAAGAACAGUCUGAGGAACCAAGAGUGGGGCAUCUAUAUCAGACAGACUGACCUGGAGCUGAAGUUGGCCAGUUGCAAAAUAAAUAUGGGUGCAAUCCCCAGUCCUGUCCACCUGGGGGAAGUCCAGAAGUCCCUUUCCCGAAUCCAGAAAAUUUUGAUCCAGCUUAGAGUUUUCUGGGAGAAAGUGGGUACUUUGCUGGAAUUGCUAAAAGAAAAGACCUUUGUUGGGAAAGACCUCAUUGAUGACCCGGACAUGAAGGACGAUUUUCUAAAAUCUAUUGAAAUGGCAGGAAAGUGUUGGACAUCAUUUGGUGCAUCCUGUGAAAGAGCACGGGGUGUGUUCAGCGUGCAGGAUGGGUAUAAUUUCCUGGAGAUCAAUCUGUCUACACUCUCAGAAGCUGAAUGGAGCGAGCAGUAUGAGCGUACCAUGGAGAAGCUGAAGAAGAUCAGGCCUGAAAAUCCAAGUGUCCUGGAAACAAACACGGCUGCCAUCAAUCCCUAAAACACAGUGUACUGAUGCUUAAUUUCAUACCUUUUUGAGCUGGUUUGCACCAGCAUGUGUUCAGUUCUACAAAAGAUCAUUUAGCAGCUAAGAUGUUGGUGAUAUUAUUUCUAUUUCUCAAUUAAAUCUUUGAUUAAAUUGCUUCCCUGCUGGAAAAUCCAGCUAAAGCUGGUAGCUGUGUUUUGGAACAUGGUGGCUAGUUCAAGUUGGUCCUUAUCUGGCUGACCAGCAACCAUGUUCCCAAAACCAGCAUGACCACCUUGAGCUAGUAUAACAUGCUGGUAGCUGGUCUCCCAGCUCAUGACCAGCUAGAAACCAGCUACCAUGUUCCAAAACACAUCUACCAAUUUAAACGGGAUUUUCCUGCAGGGUUUGCAUUUCACUAUGAUAUAUAUAUAUAUUGUAAGCUUUUGUGAGUGUGCUGCAUGAAUCAGAAUCAUUUAUUAUUCACAUUAUUUAGCCUGGCUACAUAAUAGCCAAAUCACACAAUCAAAAUUAAUGUCUAUCAUUUUCACUAUACAUGGAAUAACAUUGAAGAAAGAAAAAAAAAAGUGUAAUUUUUUUGCCAUUUGCUGAUGUAUAGAAAAUAAAAAUAUACAAGGUAUCAACCGAAUUAAAACACUUACAGUGUCUAGGUUUGGCUGGUCAGCAUGGUUCAUUUAAUCCAGAGACUAUUAAGCAAAAAUGGGCGACUUGUAUUAAAAUGAAUGGGAAGAAUUGAAUUGGAUCACUCAACCAAGGAGCUCCGAACGCCCAUUGUUCAACGGAAGAACGGAAGUUCCGCCUUAUGGUUAAAAGAGCCAAUCACCUUUCAGAUACAGACAUUGCCUGUCAAUCAACUCGAGAACGAGUUUUUUUUUUUUUUUUGCGUAAUAUGAGGUAAAGACGCACGAUGUAUGAUACCAGUGCUGUCAGAUAUUUACUGCUGAUUUGAAAUAUGUUCUUUAAUCGUAAUCUUUUAUGAGAUUUCGGUCUUUCCCAAUUCAAGUAGAUAGAAGCUGCAAUUUUCCCGGCUUGUAUAGCAAAUGCGCAUGCGCGUUGUAGAGUUGAUUGACGUGGGAUGUUAGUAUCUGAAAGGUGAUUGGCUCUUUUACCUGUAAGGCGGGUCUUCCUUUCUUUAUCCGUUGGGUGUUCCAAUGUCCGUCUCUGCUAAAUGAUUUCUGAAAUAGCUCCUCAAGACUGUUACAAAAAUGGCCGACAGUGGACUGACUUGCUAGACAGACUUUGGUUUAUCACAACAGGACAUAUGGCAUCUUUUCAAAGAAAUUAUAAUUUUCUUUAUAUUGUGAUUUUUUUUUUUUUGGGUGUAAUUGUAACCUUACACGUAUAACCAUUACUAAAAUACUUUAUACCAUUAAUAAAAAUUGC